GUCCGCCCGCCCGCCCGCGCGGAGGGCCCUGGGCGGCUGCUGAGGCCGGGUGGAGCAGCGGACUAAGCCGGGAGUUCGCCGAGGGGGCCCAGAGCCCGCCGCCCGCAGCUCGCAGGGGGCUCUCGGCCGCGCCAUGCCGCUAUGGGGCGUCGCCCUCGCGCUGUUCCUGGCCUCGCUCGCCUUGCUCUUUCUGUUCGCCCCCAGACUCCUGCACACUGUUGGAGCGAGGACUCAGCCCGGGGCCGUGGUCCAGGACGACGAGAUGAACUCCGGAGGCCCCACCGAUCAGUUCAGCGACGGGCGUGAGUCGCUGCCAGGCGGUUGCAGCCUCCUCUGUAAGCCGUCGGCGCUGGCCCAGUGCCUGCUGCGCGCCCUGCGACGCUCUGCGGCGCUGGAGCCUGAACCGCGCCCCUGGCUGUCCGGGCCUCACCUGCAGACCUUUUGCCACUUCGUCCUGCCCGUCGGGCCGGGGCCUGAGCUGGCCCGGGAGUACUUGCAGUUGGCAGACGAUGGGCUGGUGGCCCUGGACUGGGUCAUAGGACCUUGCGCCCGGGGUCGCCGGAUCACCAGCGCGGGAGCCCUCCCGGCGGUGCUGCUGGUGAUCCCAAACGCCUGGGGGCGCCUCACCCGCAACGUUCUCGGCCUGUGCCUGCUCGCCCUGGAGCAUGGCUACUACCCGGUCAUCUUUCACCGCCGUGGCCACCACGGCUGCCCACUGGUCAGCCCUCGGCUGCAGCCUUUUGGUGACCCGUCGGACCUUAAAGAGGCAGUCACCUACAUUCGCUUCCGACACCCCGCGGCUCCGCUCUUCGCUGUGAGCGAGGGCUCAGGCUCCGCGCUGCUGCUGUCCUACCUGGGCGAGUGCGGGUCCUCCAGUUACAUGAUGGGUGCCGCCUGCAUCUCGCCUGUGCUGCGCUGCCGCGAGUGGUUUGAGACCGGCUUGCCCUGGCUUUAUGAGCGUGGCUUCCUACUAUAUCAGAAGAUUGCGCUCAGCAGGUAUGCCACUGCCCUGGAGGACACAGUGGAUACCUGCAAGCUGUUCAAGAGCCGCUCCCUGAGAGAGUUUGAGGAGACCCUCUUCUGCCACACUAAGAGUUUCCCCAUCAGCUGGGACACAUACUGGGACCGCAAUGACCCCCUCCGGGAUGUGGAUGAGGCCGCUGUGCCAGUGCUGUGCAUCUGCAGCACCGACGACCCUGUUUGUGGGCCGCCGGACCGCACUCUGCCUACCGAACUCUUCCACAGCAACCCUUACUUCUUUUUGCUGCUCAGUCGCCAUGGAGGCCACUGUGGCUUCCUGCGCCAGGAGCCCUUCCCAGCCUGGAGCCACGAGGUCAUCUUAGAGUCCUUCCGAGCCUUGACUGAGUUCUUCCGCAUGGAAGAGAGGAUGAAAGGGCUGAGCAGGCACCGGACCUCAUUCCUAGGAUGCCGCCGCCGUUGGGGAGUCUUGCAGAAGCGAGAGAUCUCCCCCUCUUCUAAUCUGGAGGAGAUCUUUAGCUGGAAGCGAUCAUACACCAGAUGAGACCUGGCAGGAGUCCCAAAAAGAUAGUAGGGACUGGAAGGGGCAGCUCCAGGGCUUCGCUUCUGAUUCUGCCUCUCUCUCUUAAACUGGUCUGUGGGAAGAGAUACAGCUACCUGCAAACCCCUUCUCCCCAGCUGAGUGGAACCCCCAUGGAGCUCUGUUAAACACAUUCCUGCUCAUCCUGGUCAUCUCUGGUCCCUGCCUCCUUCCAGCAAUUUCAUAAACCAAGAGAAAAUGGACUCAAGAGAAAAUGCUUUCCUCCUAGGCAUGACUACAGGGAAGAUGAGUUUAUGCAUGUCAUUUGGCUUCUCUGUCUCACAUAAAUAAUCAACACAGCAACUGCUUCUUGAGCUGGAGCCAUUUGAUGUAAAAAGGACAGGAUGUUUGUGUCUCAGUCCCACUUCCUUCAUGUGCUCUGUGGUUGUGGCUCUGCUCCGACUGAAUGCAUCAGCAGCUGUGGACCCAGGCUCCCAGACUUGCCUGAGUCUGAAAAGGCAGCAGAGCAGGAAGUGCUGGGACCUCUUGACCAGGACUGGUAAGGGUGAGAAUGAGAAAGCCUGACCUGGGCUCAAAGAUCCGUUCUCUAAGAGGAACCCUGCCAGUCUCGGUUGAGAAUGGGGCUGAUCUGGGACUCCAGCCUCCGCCCGGCCCUCUGGCUUCUCUGGAGGGACCCCAGGGGAUUUUAGGAAUAAGAAGUGCUCUUACCCACAUUGUUAGACCUUGGCACUAGUAGCCAGUUUCUCAAGUAAUGUUCCCUCUUGUUCCAUUUCUGAGGAUUCCUCCAGAGAAGCCCAGCCAGAGCUAUUUUUCUCCUGAAAUGUGGGUUUUCUGUAGGUCAUUAAAAGUACAGACCUCACCUCAGAGUUUCUUGUUAGUUACAGUCUUUUCUGAUGCUCCUAGCCUCUCCCUUUCCAGAGCCAGGACAGACAUCAGGGACCAGAGGAAACAAAGCACCAAGAGUGAGGAGGGCUCACUCCAUGAUAAGGUGUAGGGUACAGAUUGGUCAACAUAGUCUGUUUUGAAUUAGGCCAUUAUUAUUACUAUUAUUAGAACAAGAGAUCUAGUUCCAUGUUCAAAUGUUUAAUACGGCUUGCCAUAAGGUUUUUUAAAAAAUGUUUAUUUUGGUGCUGGAGAUUGAACCCAGGGCUUUGCCUAUGCUAGGUAAGCACUCAUUAUCACAAAGCUACAUUCCCAGCCCAGAAAUUUUAAUUCAUCAGUGAGAAAGAAGGUGCCUGUUUUUUUUUCCCCCACCAGGACCAGGGAUUGAACUCACAACUGCCUCCUUGCAAGGCAGGUGCUUAUGCCGCUGAGCUAUGCCUGUUUUGACCUCAGAAACAGCAAAGCAAUUUUGAAAGAGAGAGUUAUACCAAAAGGCGUACUCUGAGUCUUGGGCUGAGGUAUUCCUAGUGCCAUAAGUUCAGAUUUGGAUGAUCUUGCCACUGUCUUGUUCUUAAAGCUCAAAAAAAAAAAAAAAAAAAAAAAAAAAAAAGAAAGAAAGAAAGAAAGAAAGAAAUUCUGAACUCUAGUAUUCUAACCAAUAUAGACAUUCAGUUGUCUAAGGCAUAAUCUGUUGUGGGGAAAAAAAGUCUCCCUCAGGGCUGGGGAUUACCUCAGCUGCAUAAGCGCCUGCCUUGCAAGCAGGCAGUUGUGAGUUCAAUCCCUGGUACCGAUAAAAAUGAAAAAGACAAAAACAACAACAACAAAAAAAAAAUCUCCCUCUUUCAUUACUUCUCCUCCUCCUCUCAUUCCUCCUUUAAUGUUCUUUCACCCUUUCUGAGCAGUAGAAACAAAAAGGAACUGAAUGCUAAAGAAGUUGAACUGCAGCCUCUGUAAGCCUUGUAAGGCACAGUUACUGGUAUCUGGCGCCCUCCCCAUCUCCUUCAGUGGGGCUUUCAGUUAGUUAGGCUCCUACCGUGCCAUAUGCCCUUGGAUCAUUCAGAACUUCAAAGUGAGAAGCAACCCAGUACUUUUUAAUUUGUUCUAAGGAAUUUGGUACUAAGGAAGAAUUGAAACCAGGGCCUUCACACUGAGCUACACCCCGAGCCCUUUUUUAUUCUUUAUUUUGAGAUACUCUCUCUAAGUGACCGAGGCUGGGCUCAGCCCAGUGGUUUUUAAGCUGUAAGGCUAAGCAUGUCCCAAAAGGCAAAAAUCAUGGUAGUUUCUCUAGACCAGAUAGCAUAGGGUUCUGGUUUCUCAAAAGAAUAGCUUUCUCAAAAGAAUAGACAUGCUGGUUCAUUCUCUUUGCCCUUUUUAUAGGAAAGAAAAUUUGCUAGGAAGGGCAAUAUAUAUAUUUUGCAGUUACAAGAUGUUUUUUGUUUUUCCUUUUGUUUUUCUUUCGCAGUGCUGGGGAUGGAAUCAGGGCCUUGCACAUGCUAGGAAAGAGCUCUACCACUGAACUACACUCCCAGCCCUGCAGUUAAGGAUUGCAAAGUUUAUUUUUGCUAAGAAAGUGUAGUUUCUUUUCAAGGUUGGGGUGACUCUGUCCUUUAGCUAAAAUGGCUCUAUUUUGGUACACAGCUAACCAUGAGAGGAGCAGAGAGAGACCCCUGCACACUAUUCUAAGAAAGGAUGGUCCCAUGAACAAAAUCACAAGUUCUGAGUUUGAGAAAGCAAGAUAAUAACAAAGUACUACUUAGCUGGGAGUUUUCACAAGGUGGGACUUUAUGCCUCAUUACUUUCUUGCCUUCCUUUUGGUCUCCUCAAAUGGUAAGAAGAGAGGAAAAAAAAAAACAAAAAACAAAAAAAAAAACCAGAAAACCCCAGCGAUUAAGGGAAGCAUUAUCUCAGCAGCCAAGUCCUAUGUUUCCACAUGGGCAUCAGAUACAGGAAGCAGAUAACUACCUUCUGAGUGUUUCUUUGAACUAUACUGUGUUCUCACCUUUGGUACCAAGGAUGUAUAAUUAAAUUUUUAUAAGGACUAUUUUAUAUAUUUAUAAAUAGGUUCCAAUAGUUCUUUUACUGAAAAAGCUCCAUUCUCUGAGAAAUGUUUUGAAUGAAGACAUUGCUUCUAAGACUUGAAUAUGGUUAGGAAAAAAGUCAACACAGGAAGUGUCAUCUUGGCUUUAUACAUAACCUCAAAACCAUCCCAGCACCAGAAACUCCUCUGUACUCAUCUUUCACCCAAACCACAAUAUCCUCUGUCAGCCAGACAAGGUAUCUUCCUUUAGAAAUGAACUUCAGCAUGAAUUCCUCUCCCUAUUUAAAUAAGCAGAUGCACCCACCCACUCUGAUAGACCUUUGUAACAAUGCCAAUAAAGAGUAUUCAUGAUUUUACUGUCAAGCCACAAAGGAUGAAAUCAGAAAUUUUCAGAUGUUAUAAUAUGCAAAGAAUGUUUUCAGGAAGGCUUCUAGGUUGUAUACCAAGGGUGCCCAAGGACCCACAACAGAAUAAAUGCCUCAAAGAACAAGUCCCACAUCAUCAGGGGAGUAUUCAAGCUAGGCUACCUCUUGGCACCUAUCAUGGGAGGGCGCUAAGACAUGCAUAUGGCUUGGAUCAAAUAGCCUCCUCUUAUAUGUGAAUCUAUAAACUGAAAUAAUGCUAAUAAGCUCAGAGAGUUGCAGACUUUUGGUUUGUUUUUAGAUCUGAUGAUCAAGUGAUUAUAGACUUGACCAGGGAGUUGGUCAAGAUUCUAAUAAGAGUAUGGCACAUGCCUGUAAUCCCAGUACUCAGGAGGCUGAGGCAGAGGAUCUGAGUUUGAGGCCAGCUUGGGUUACAAAAUGAGUUCAAGGCCAGCCUGGACUGAAUAGUGAAACCAUAUCUCAAAAAGAUUUUUUUUAAAAAAAGGAUUUUAAUGAAAAUAAUCCUGUGAAUGUGACUAGGAUAAUAAAGAUAUCCAGUAAUUACACUGUAGUUAUAGGUGCUCAGAGCUAAAAGUUGGAAGGUAAAAUGAAGUUUAAAACAAUGAAAGACAUAAAUAUAUCCUUGUCUCACCCCUCCAGCCUUACCCUGAAAUAAAGCAAUAUCUUACCCUAGUGUUUAUCACCAAUGUGGUUAAACAAACGUUUCUCUAACUUGUUUGCCUCUGAAAAUACUGUAAAACUUGCAGUCUCCCUGCAACACCAGAAUGUACAAAUAUCUGGGAACAAAUAUGUGCUGUUUGUCUCCCGCAAUUCUCUGUGUACUGAGCCGUGCUGACAGACUGUGCCUCCCUGCACUUUCCAUUCACCGGUUGUGGCCUCACUUGUGUAGAUUUUGCUUUGUUUGGUUUUGUUUUGGGCUUUUUGAGACACAGCCUCACUAUUACAGGGUCAGACUGGUCUUAAACUCAUUUUGUAGCCCAGACUGGUCUCAAACUUGUAAGGAUCCUCCUGCCUGUUAGGAUUAUAGGCAUGCAGCACCCAGCCUGUCCUAGCUUUAUUUCUUUAACACUAACCACAGGCAGAUUUGUUUAAUCAACAACCAGGCCUUCUGCUCUGGGGUAGUAAUUUCUCAGCCGGGUUUAAGUUCCCUGAUCUUCACUUAGAAUCUACAUAGAAAUUUUUUUUUGGUGAGCAACUGGUGUGGGUAGUAUAGGGUACUGAGGUAGUAACUUGGGAGAUCCGGGUUUUAGUUUCCACUUCAUCUGUGACUUAAACACUGUUCCAUAUGAAAAGACUUGAGUAUAUACAGCCCUUCAUGUGUAAGGAUUGCCCAGUUGAAAAUGCAAGUUUUGUAUUUUAAGCUCUCUUGAUGAGUUUCUCCAAAUUCAGGCUCUGCCAGUUGUCUGAGCCAGGCAAAUUAGAUAAAUGUUAAUGUUACAAAGGCUCCAUACCGGCAUUUUACAAGUUUAAAAGCUGUGCCAUUUUCCUAAGUAAAUAUAGUAGGUAAACAAUACUUGUACUUAUGGCCUAUGGGUUAUUGCAGUGUUUCUAUCUUGUCUACUAUGCUUGUUUUUGAAUUUAAAAAAAUAGCCCAGCAUCCAUGAAAUUUCCUCCUGAAUUCACCUUUUUACAAAAAAAAAAAAAGUCAUCCAAAGUGUUUUAAACAGGACUGGAUUAGAUGGCCUACUAUCCCACAUGUGGCUAAAAUGUGACGAUUUUUGCUGAGCAUGGUGGCAUAUGCCUGUAAUCCCUGCUCUUGGGAGGCUAGAAUGAAAGGGUCACAAUGUGGAAGGUCUGGGCCCAAUAAAGUAUAUAUAAAAGUAUAAAUAUAUACGAUAACUUUUUUUUAUGGGUACUAGGGAUCGAACUCACAACCGCCUGCUUGCAAGGCAGGUGCCCAUGCCACUGAGCUAAAUACCCAGCCCCCUAUACGAUAAUUUUUAAUAGAAUAAUGUCCCUAUAUGUGGGAGGAGUUAUAAUUACAGAGAUCAAAACACAGGAAUACAACUUAAGAUCCUGCAUCAAAGUAUCAAGUUUGAGGGUAUAGGCAACUACUUUGAAGGCAAUAAGAUUCACUAAGAUGCCCAUUCUGGUUUGACUAUUGUCUCCUUUGGAAGUCCUGUAAUGUUUACAAUGCCUAAGUUUUAUUGGUCUUGUUCUCUACUGUUCUGUUCAACUUUAUAAUAUCUAAUGAGAUAGACAAUUCUUUUUAAGGAAACAAGAGACAUCGUUGAUAACCAUUAUUGAUAACCUUGUACUCUGUUUUACAUCAUGUGCUAUGUCUAUCUUUGGUUUUGACUGACAGCUUUGUUUUGCCAUAUUUGACUUUAUUCUCUCCCCCCCAAAAAGUAAUAAGAACUAAGGAGUAAUAAAACCCAAAAUGUGUAAAUUUUGUUGUAAAAAAGAGAGGGAAAAAAAAGAGCUCUAAAGGAUACAACAGCAAGUGUGUUUAGGGGUGUUAAACAGCUGACCAUAUUAAUGUUUUUGGUUGGAUCACUGAACACAACAGUUUGCAGUCUCGCUGUUUGAAUGUCCACUUUGUAUUCUUUGAUACUGUGAUUUGAGCAACUAUUUCUAAGAUGAUAGUAUGUAAUCUAUUAACUGGUGAUUUCUUACUGUUUUUUUUUUCUUUCUUUUUUUUUUGUAGUUCUGUAUUACGUGUACCCUUACACCGCUUUGUUUUGUUUUGUGUUUUUCUCUUUUUCCUUUUAAAUAAAAUUAAAAAAAAAAAAAAAAGAUCCUGCAUCAAACAGAACCAAAAGUAGAGUCAUCUCAUACCUAAAGACACAAGCCAUUUCAUUCUCCGGACAGAGCAAAGGUAGAGUUCCUCUUACCAAUACGGCACUUCAUUUUUUUUUUUUUUUUGUCUUUUUCCUUUUUAUUGGUACCAGGGAUCGAACUCACGACUGCCUGCUUACAAGGCAGGUGCUUAUGCCACUGAGCUAAAACCCCAGCCCCCGGCACUUCAUUUUUGUAACAUCUAGCCCUGUGUUUGAAAUUAGAUAACUGUUGCUAAAAUAAACCUAUGGGAAUAAAAUUGCUUUAAAAAAACUAAGCAGACAUUGUGUACUAAAAUUACUUUAUUACAGUUGAUUUUUUAAACAUUUCCUUUGCUAUGAUACAAAGGAUACUUACAAACAAAAUAUUACAUAUGACCUUGUUUCGCUCUUAUGUUCUGACAACUUGGUAACAGUUUAAAUGCACAAUCUAUACAAUUAAUACAGAUUAUAUAUGAACUAUAAGGUAUGCUGAACCAGAAGAAUACUGACAAUAUACUGUACAAUAAGCCUUACCAGUUAGUGCUGUGGACCAUUACUACCAAAAGGAAAAUGCACAUCUGUACAGUCACCUUUACCAGCUGGUGCUGACAGUGAGGGAGAGGCUUCUUUCCCAUUGCAACCCUUGAUAAGCCUCCACUGUGGGCAUCUGUUUGGUCCAAAAGUUUAAAGGACUGUGUAUGUUUAACAUUAGUCAUCAGUAAAGUGGUAGAACACUACCACACUUUCAACAUGAUAAUCUCUGACCAAAAAAAAAAAAAAAAAAUCAGUCCCAGCUUUAAAAGACCGUUAAGUCCUUUGUCCUCUAUGAAAACCCUACAGGCUCAAGGGCUUUAGGAGAUGAGAAGAUGAAGGCUGCCAAAAAAGGAGGCAAGAAACCAAGCCAAAAUCUAGGUCUUGCAAAAUCAUUUUUCCCUUCACCAAAGGGAACUAGAAAUGUACAAAUUCAUUGAUGAACCUCAAUGAUAACAUAUCAGUUAGCUGAUAACCCUCAUUUUAUCUGGACCCUUGACUCAUGGGAAUAACUGAAACAGAUUGUGGAUAACGUAUACCACUUUCAGAAAAUAAAUCUUGCUUAGUUAAAAUAUUCCCUUCAGCUUCCAUAGCUGGUCCUGGGCUAUGACAGGUGUGCAUUCAUCUCUCAAUGGUCUACUCAGAAAUGAUAAGGUUACAGCUUUUUUCUUUUUUUUUUUCUUUUUUUCUUUUUAAAUAAAAAAGCAAUUGACUGAAGCAUUUUCUUUUUCAAGGUAAAUAGCAAAAAUAAAAAUAAAAA